GUCCUCCGCUAUUUCAAGGCAAUAAUCGCUGUGUGGUGUCAGCACUGGUUUAUCUUGCCUGAAUACUGAGCCAAGGAUCAACUGUUGGGUGCACGAUGUCCAGCCUGCAGGGCUAUGUCGACCGCCGUGUGUUAUUGAUCCUUCAAGACGGUCGUUCCAUAGUGGGCAUCAUGGCGGGUUUCGAUCAGAAAUCCAACGUAGUCCUUUCCGAUUCGAAAGAGAGAGUGUACAGCAUGGACGAGGGUGUAGAAGAAAUACCACUGGGGUUGUAUCUGGUGAAAGGAGACAUGAUUGUACUAAUCGGUGAAAUAGACGAUGAAGCAGACCAAGCUGUCGAUCUCGCAACCAUCCGCGCCGAACCUCUACCACCAAUCCGCUACUGAUCCAUCUCAUCGAUUCCCUCCUUUAUUCACGAGAUCUCGCACUUUCGAUCGUGCUCACAAAAGGCUGCCGGGGGUGCCAUACUAGCAUUCUCUCAUCGCAUCAAAAUGUAUGUAUGUGAC